GUUCGGGAAUACCAGGAGAUACAGAACAGAAGAUUGACAACUAUCGGGCUGCAGUACCCUUUUAACUACCUUUCCCUAUCCUAAGAGCUUCCCUUACCUAUUCUAUAGAAAGUACAUCCCAAAACCCUCCGUUCACAGUGCUCCCAUACUUCCUAUGGCUUCCCGACUUGACGCUCCAACCAUCACUCGACGUCGAAGCGUCUUGGCCUGCGCAAGAUGUAGGGCCAGACGAGUGAAAUGCGACCGCGCACAACCAACUUGUUCAAAUUGCAAAAAGGCGGGUGCACUUUGCCAACCCGCUCAGCAGAGAUAUUCUCCCUCCGUAACAAGUCGCGCAGGAACGGAUAAGUCCGAAGACUAUACCCGCCUAUCAAGACUGGAGGAGAAGGUGGCAAGACUGUCACGGGAAGUAGACAGCACCUCUCCAUCCCGAGCCCAAUCUCGAACUUCAUCUCUGGAAAAAGAAGAUUUCAGAGCAGAGGCAUUGCGUGGGAACAUCAUAUCCGGUCCGAAACCAAUCUAUUUCAGUCCCAUCUCCUGGGGAACUUUUGCUGAAGAGCUGAACCAUGCACAAAAUACUCAUGAAGAGGUACCAGUUCAACGGGGUGGUUUUUCUUACGGCCAAAACCCACGGAUGUCCCUUCCAGAUGAAAGUCUGCACGAAAUUCUGCUAGACGUUUUUCGCAAACGUGUAGAUCCUCUAGUUCGAGUACUGCAUUUGCCAACGUUUCUUGACCAAUACCGAGCAUUCAAGCAAACCAUGUACCAGCGGGACGAAAUUUCGGCUCAAUCGUUACCCAGCACAUACUAUCCAGUGAACGUGCUUGCCCCGCAACAGGGAGAAUGCGUCAAUAUUCCGCCGACUGCUUCGCCGCACCAGCGUUCCACCUCCAAACCCGAGGCACUUAAGCUACCCAGUGAGGCAUUCGUCGGACUUCUGUAUUCCGUUUACUAUGCAGCGGUGGUAACCCUGAUCGAGGACCCUAACCAGGUCGAAAUAGGGCACGGUGUCGACAUUUUCAACUUAGCUGCGACACUUAAACGAGAAGUCCAGGAGCGUGUUAUGAGGAUUGGAACAGACACCCCACGAUCCUCGCUUCAACUUCUUCAAGGGAUGGUUCUCGUAAUGGCACUCGAGCCUGAGCCUUUCGAUGUCCAGGCCCAGUCGUUGCAGCUCAGUGUGGCCAUAUCCCGAGCGCGCGAACUUGGGCUCCAUCGCGAUGGCUCUAAAUUUGCAUUGGGCCCCAUUGAAAUCGAAGUACGAAGGCGCAUUUGGGCACAUUUGUGCAUACUUGAUACCAGAUAUGCAGAACAACUGGGAUGUGAACCAAAAAUUAUGUCCGACUCCUACGACACAUGCUUACCCUUGAGUAUCGACGAUAUGGAUCUGACCGACAUUGAAGCUCAGGAAAGCGAGCGAGGAUCGGAGAUGUAUAAGUCACAUGAAGAAAUUGAGUCCGGUCAAAGAAGGCAAUCGCCAUUCUCGCUUAUGACACUCACGUUAAUCAGCGCUGAGGCUUCCCGAUUGCUUUCUCACAUCCUCACUGUUCGCUAUCAAUCUCAAGAUGCAAUCGCAAAUGCACCCGCAGCUCAUGUACCUCAUAAUGGGCCGCGAGCACAUAUGGGCAGACUGCGCUGCAUAGAUCAAUUUGAACAAAAGUACCAGACGGUGUAUGGUCUUGGGAGAAUGGAUUCUUCCCAUCCAUUGCAACUUUUGACUUCGGAAUGCGCCGGUCUCAGUGUUGCAAGGGCUAGCUUUCUUAGUCGUACCAUGUCAUGGAAGGAAGAGUACGCAUCCAUGAGUGCCCACAGGAGAGAUAUGGAGACCUCAGAUAUCGCCACCCGCACUCUCGACCUCAUACGGCGCUACACCAACACCCCUUUUGGUUGGUACACGAAGCACUUCAGAGACCCCUAUUCGACCACAUUCCUAGCACUUAACCUGGCUCGCGGCGUCCACGUUAAAGAAGAAAAGAAACGCUUAGCCUGCUCAGUCCUAACUCAGCUCUUUCCGCUUGAUUCCACGGGGAGAUUUCUCGAACAUGGUCUACAUCGAAGCAGAUUUGGUAAACUUCUUCUGGAAGCGACCUGGUCAAGGCAGGCUCAUACCACAACUCAAAACUUCAAUCCGCACGCCGUGAUGGCCGACAACAGCCACACAAGCAGCGUCUUCCCCUCAAGCAUGUCAGCAGAUAUGUCCAUACUGGGCCUGCCAGCAUGUACUGCAGGUAGUGAGCACCUCCAAGCUGCACCUAGCAUGUACGGCAAUAUCAAUGCUAUGAUGGACGAUUCGCUCUGGGCGUCAGCAGUACCUGGCACGGGGAGUUCUCACUCAUCCUGGGUAUGAAAAUUUUUUUUCUUGACUCAACUCAGUAUUGACGCUCCUACUCCACACUUCCCUUUUUCAUCAACUUUUUCAACGCCGUUUAUUGUACUUUGUUCUCAAGAAGCAGGGGCCCAACCUA